AUGUUGGCGGAGUUGCCUUCAAGGUGUAGUUUAGUGGUGUCUAACAAUCCAAUCGCUGAACACGAGGAAUACCGACCGGUUGUUCUGGGCACCCUGCCACACCUGGAGAAGCUCGACAAGGAGGCGGCAACCAAGGAUGAAAUCGCGGAGGCGAUUAACCUAGUCGAGACCCGGGUAAGCCAACUGCUUCUAGCAUCAAGAAAUUAA